UCUAUGACCAGAUCAAGUAUUGCCUAUGGGGAAUCGAGUACAAGUAUUUGUUCGCGCAUUACGAUGACAAAAUUAGUACGUGGGACUGGCAAAUGACCCAGUUUUGCUCCUGGAAAUUGGUAAAAAAACAAUCUUCCGCCUUCUCAGCCAGUCAGGAGCCCAACACUUUCUGAGCACCCCAAUCGGGCUUCCACAUGGAAAUGCAUCAUUAUGAAGGCAGAAAUAACUAGGACUGGUAGGGGUGAAUGCUUGUUAUGUAUGCCCAUCUGUUUGAUUUUUUGAGCAUUUUGAGGUAAAAUUGUAUUCAGUACUGAUAAAGUGUGGAUGCUUCUUCAAGAGGUUUUGAGACUCUUUUUGUCCUGCUUUUCCUGAGGUUUAAGAUGCUUUGAGUGGAAUGGCAGUACUCAGGAUUUGAAGCAUUGGUUUUUGUGUGUUUAAGUUGCUGUGCUCAGUGCUGUGAAUGUGAAGCAGGGUGGAGCUUGGGAGAUUGAAUAGUACAUUGCUUUGGAGUGUGCUUAUUCUUCGAUAGACUUGCAGUUUGAGCGCAGUGGGAGGGCUAGGGGAGGAGAGAAGAUGAAAUUACAAGGGACGGUGGUGGUGAAGUGGGUGUUGUGUUUGCUGACUGUGGUGCUCAGCGUUUCAGGUCAAUAUGAUGGGAUUGUUGUGACCCAGGAGGACUUUCAAGCUCUUCAGGCCUUCAAGCAUGCAGUGAACGAUCCCAGGGGUGUUCUGAGGAGCUGGAAUGAUAGUGGGAUUGGAGCAUGCUCUGGUGGGUGGGUGGGUAUCAAAUGUGUUAAAGGCCAAGUGAUUGCUAUACAGAUUCCAUGGAGGGGUCUUGGAGGGCGCAUUGCAGAGCAAGUGGGUCAGCUUUCUCAAUUGAGAAAGCUCAACCUGCAUCACAAUGCCUUCGAGGGUCCCGUACCCACUUCUUUGGGCUUCCUUAAGAAUCUAAGAGGUGUGUAUCUGUUUCAUAAUAGACUCUCUGGUAACAUUCCACCAGGCAUUGGUAACUCUCCUGCUCUUCAAGCUCUGGAUCUCAGCAGCAAUCUGUUGAUUGGGACCAUUCCUAAGGGUAUUGGGAACUCAACCAAACUGUAUAGAGUGAACUUGAGCUUCAACAACCUUACUGGGGCAUUUCCUGUAGACCUGGCUCGGAAUCCCUCUCUGACAUUCUUAAACCUUCAGAAUAACAAUCUCAGUGGCCCAUUACCUGAUACCUGGGACGGAGGACAGCACGAGUUUCAGCUCCAGUCCUUGCAUCUUCAAAACAAUGGAUUAUCGGGCAGCGUUCCUCAUUCCAUUGGAAAUCUGAGAAAUCUCAGAGAGCUUGUUCUUAGUCACAACCAGCUUCAAGGCAGCAUUCCUACCGAGCUUGGUAAUUUAUUACAUCUUCAAACCCUUGAUCUUUCUCAUAAUAGAUUGAAUGGAAGUUUCAGCGAAGAACUUUGCAAUCUUACUUCUCUUAACCAGCUGGAUUUGGAGAACAAUAUGAUUGAUCAUAUUAUUCCUAGUAGAGUGGGAGAACUUCACAAGCUGGUAUCCCUCAGCUUGAGACAGAACAAUGUGACGGGGGAAAUUCCCUCAUCGCUUGGAAAUAUCUCUGGUCUUUCCUCUCUUGAUUUAUCACUAAACAGGUUAAAUGGGAGCAUUCCAUCCUCACUGGGGAGACUUAAAAAUCUUUCAAGGUUCAAUGUAUCCGACAAUGAGCUCAGUGGUUCUGUUCCAUCCUUCUUGGCAAGGAAAUUCAGUUCUAGCUCUUUUGUGGGGAAUUUAGGCCUUUGUGGAUUUAGUGGUUCAAAUCCCUGUAAUACAUCUUUAUCACCAAGUGGGUCCCCUGUAACAACUCCAGCGGGAAAAUCGAAGAAGCACAGGAGAAUCAAAACUCUAGCACUAGUUUUCAUCAUUCUUGGAAGUGUCCUUGGUUUGAUAGUGAUCAUCUGCCUGGUUCUGCUCCUUUGCUUCUUCUGUCGAAAAUCUUCAGAGCCUGCUGCAAGAUCUGGUGGUGAGAAGAGUGCUACUGCUCCGUCUGCUGGUUUGGAAGGAGGAGAGGUAGGAGGAAAGCUUGUACAUUUUGAUGGCCCUCUGGUUUUCACAGCAGAUGAUCUGCUUUGUGCCACUGCAGAAGUAAUGGGCAAGAGUACCUAUGGAACUGUAUAUAAGGCUACUCUGGAGGAUGGGAAUCAAGUGGCAGUGAAGAGGCUUAGGGAGAGGAUUGCCAAGAAUCAAAGGGAGUUUGAGGCUGAAGCUAAUGCACUUGGGAAGAUCAGGCAUCCUAAUCUGCUUGCUCUAAGAGCUUAUUACUGGGGACCUAAAGAUGAAAAGUUGUUGGUCUUCGACUUCAUGUCAGGUGGAAGCCUUGCAGCAUUCCUUCAUGCAAGAGGACCAGAAACGCCUCUGAAUUGGUAUACAAGAAUGAAAAUUGCAAUUGGUGCAGGACGAGGACUUGCUUAUCUACACAGCAGGGAGAACAUUGUCCAUGGAAAUCUCACAUCCAGCAACAUCCUCCUGGAUGCAGAUAUGAAUGCCAAGAUUUCAGAUUUUGGCUUGUCCAGGCUGAUGACAACUGCUGCCAAUUCCAAUGUGAUUGCCACAGCAGGGGCUCUUGGAUACCGAGCUCCCGAGCUGACAAAGCUGAAGAAAGCCAGCACCAAGACAGAUGUUUACAGCUAUGGAGUUAUCCUGCUGGAGCUCCUCACUGGCAAGGCUCCAGGGGAGUCCAUGACUGCAGACAGUGGGAUGGAUCUCCCUCAAUGGGUUGCUUCUAUUGUGAAAGAGGAGUGGACUAAUGAAGUUUUUGACUUGGAGUUGAUGAAAGACGCAGCUACUUCUGGAGACGAAUUGCUUAACACACUGCAGUUGGCUAUGCACUGUGUGGAUCCUACUCCAUCAUCAAGACCAGAUAUGGAUGAAGUUGUGCAUAGGCUGGAGGAAAUUAAACCCGAAUUCACUCUCUCCUCUUCCCCAGAAGCAGCGGCAUCACAGCAGUAGAGAGACUAUUUGUUACUAAUACAAUAUACGUAUAUUUACUGCAUCCAUCAUUUGUUUACAGCGAUUCUUUCACAUCAAUUUCAUUCAUUCUUUGAUUCAAUUGUUUUCAUUGUACUGCAUACGAGCAAUAAAAUUUGUCUUUUCUCAUACUAAAGCGUCCUGGGCCAUUGGGCUGUUCUCAAAUUUGAUUUUA